UCCACGUUAAUUCUGCGCAGCACUUGGUUGUCUACUAACCACAUGUGACUGACAAACCAAGCCCUGAGCUGAGCUCGCGCCUAGCCAAGACUAUUUCGCAUUUCGUCAGCACUUUUCUUCAGAGUAGCACCACGGUACACUUGUACUUUUAGUUUUAGCGGAUUGUAAAAGUAGCUAUUUCGAUAUUCCUGUGUGUGUCAAAUUGGCCCUUCUUGGCCUUGGCUUGGGGAUCGGAGGGAGAAUGGAGCAGCAACAAUCGGAAGCCCAACAACAUGCCCAAGUACAAUCCAACCUACUCCCAGGCAUGCCAGGUGCAAAAAGACGUGGCUCGGCGGGAAGACCCUUAUUGUCGCUUGAGUCGAAAAGAGAAAAGGCACGAGCCCGGGUGAAGAGGUGGAGGGAGACCCAUCAAUACCAGCCAAAGGCCACGGUACGGCUAUCCGCUGCGGUAAGCAGGCGAUGGGUGGGGUUGGCCGAUGAACUAAGUAUCGACAACAAUGCUCUGGCGACAUUGCUUCUCGAUUUGUUUGAUGAUGACACGCUAACAUCUUCAGUAACACUCAAAUUGCCAUCCAACCCAACGCCUGUUAGUUUGUCUCGUGUACAAACCUCGUCCAAGGAUGCCAGCCUGUUGACGACCCCAGUGUAUGACGGACAGCGGUCAGAUGAUGAAGAAAUGCCAUCUUCAUCAAAAGGUGUUAACAACAAAAUGACCAGGGACUUUGUGUGUGUAAAGGACGAGCCGCAGGAAGAUGAAGACAUGAGCCUGGAUGACAGUUCUGAUGAACCUCUGACUUCCCUUAAAAAUAGAAAGAGCAGCAUCGGCUUGCCGUAUGUAACCAAAUCUAGAGAGGAACAAGACAUAACCAAGGAUCACUCACACAGUGAAGAAGGGGACAGUUCCUCUUCAAGACCUGGUCUCCACAGAGAACUGGAAAGCCCCAAGGGAGCAGAGAAGACCAGGUUCUUCAUAAUUAGUGAGACGAGAAUGAGGGAUCUGGCAAUGGAAGCACGACCUUACUGUACGACCUGCCAACAGCCAGUUGAGGUUGAUGUCAUGCCUAAUGGAACAUCAGCGCAUGUGUCAUGGAAAUGUGAACAGGGUCAUAGCAGCUACUUCUGCUGCCAGGAGACUCUACAGGGUACACACCUUGGUGACCUACAGCUCGCAUCGGCCUUGGUCCUCUCCGGCAACGAUUACGCCAGCGUUCUCCUCAUGUUUAACUUCAUGAACUUGAGGAUGAUCCACAAAAAAACCUUCACGGCCUACCAGCAGAAGUUUAUAUGUCCUGUGAUUAAGGAGAAAGCCUCGGACCUGUUUGCAGUGGCUAGGAGGAAACAUGUGUCAACAGAGGACUCGUACUCGUAGGUUAGUUUCAGACUUUUUGGUUAGUGAUGACUCUCACCCCUGCACUAAUGAUAACAACGAUGAUAAUGUAUUUAAAGUCGCCUGGAAGUGGUAUUUUUUCAAAAUAAAGCUUUUGUCACUAAUAUAUGUGUUUUGAU